GCGCCGAGGCGCGGGGGAAGGCGGGAGCAGGGCCGUCGGGCUGGGUGCGUCGAGGAGUGGGUUGGCCUGGCCUGGGAAGACUCAGCCGCCGACAUGCCUGGGAUAGACAAGCUGCCUAUCGAAGAGGCGCUGGAAGACAGUCCUCAGACACGAUCUUUGCUGGGUGUAUUUGAAGAAGAUGCUGCUGCAAUUUCCAGAUAUAUUAACCAGUUGUAUAAAGCUAUGCACCGAAUUUAUGAUGCACAGAAUGAACUCAGUGCGGCAACGCAUUUGACUUCAAAGCUUCUAAAAGAAUAUGAGAAACAGCGCUUUCCUUUGGGUGGUGAUGAUGAAGUCAUGAAUUCUACUCUUCAGCAGUUUGCCAAAGUGAUAGAUGAGCUCAGUUCUUGUCAUGCGGUACUAUCAACUCAAUUAGCAGAUGCCAUGAUGUUUCCUAUCACACAAUUCAAAGAAAGAAAUCUAAAAGAAAUUCUGACUUUAAAAGAGGUUUUCCAGAUCUCCAGCAAUGAUCAUGAUGCUGCGAUUACCAGAUAUAGUCGACUGUCAAAAAAAAGAGAAAAUGAGAAGGUCAAAUAUGAAGCUACAGAAGAUGUAUAUACUUCUAGGAAAAAACAACAUCAGACUAUGAUGCAUUACUUCUGUGCAUUAAAUACACUGCAGUAUAAGAAGAAAAUUGCUAUGUUGGAACCCUUAUUAGGCUAUAUGCAGGCUCAGAUAAACUUCUUUAAGAUGGGCUCAGAAAACCUUUCUGAACAGCUGGAAGAAUUUUUAACAAAUAUCGGGACAAGUGUUCAGGAUGUUCGCAGGGAAAUGGAUCAUGACGUGGAGACGAUGCAACAGACUAUAGAAGAUUUGGAAAUAGCCAGUGAUCCACUUUAUUUACCAGAUCCUGAUACUACAAAAUUUUUGGUCCAAAGAAACCUUACUCGCAAGGCUGGUUAUCUAAAUGCAAGAAAUAAAACAGGACUGGUGUCUUCCAGUUGGGACAGACAGUUUUACUUCACACAGGGUGGAAACCUAAUGAGCCAAGGAAGAGGUGAAGUUGCUGGAGGACUUGUAAUGGAUAUAGACAAUUGUUCAGUAAUGGCUGUGGAUUGUGAAGACAGAAGAUACUGCUUUCAAAUAACAUCUUUUGAUGGCAAAAAGUCUUCAAUUUUGCAAGCUGAGAGCAGAAAAGAUUACGAAGAAUGGAUAUGCACAAUAAACAAUAUCUCUAAACAGAUUUACCUCAGCGAAAACCCAGAGGAAAUUGCUGCCCGUGUAAAUCAGUCAGCUUUAGAGGCUGUCACUCCCUCACCUUCCUUCCAGCAGAGACAUGAAAGCAUGAGACCAAUUAUACAGUCUCGGCCUCCCACAAAUCGUACGAGUAGCACUGGAUCUUUAGGAUCUGAUUCGACGUCAUUGUCCGCACUUUCCUUGGACUCGAUUGUUGCACCUGAUACACCUAUACAAUUUGAUAUCAUUUCUCCAGUAAGUGAAGACCAGCCUGGUCAAAUAAAAACUCCAGGCCAGUCAGGCAGACGUACAAAUCCUUUUGGAGAAUCUGGUGGAACCAAAUCAGAAACAGAAGAUUCUAUUCUUCAUCAGUUAUUUAUUAUAAGAUUCCUUGGAUCUAUGGAAGUGAAGUCAGAUGAAAGUCCUGAUGUUGUUUAUGAAACAAUGCGUCAAAUACUAGCAGCUCGAGCUAUACAUAACAUUUUCAGAAUGACAGAAUCACAUUUGUUAGUUACAUGUGAUUGUUUAAAGUUAAUUGAUCCACAAACACAAGUUACAAGACUCAGGUUUCCUUUGCCAAAUAUAGUUCUGUAUGCCACACACCAGGAGAACAAGCGUCUUUUUGGAUUUGUGCUUCAUACGUCAACAGCAAGAGCAGAUGGUAGACCAACUUCAGUUUGCUACAUAUUUGAAUCAAAUAAUGAAGGGGAAAAGAUUUGUGAUUCCGUGGGACUUGCAAAACAGAUUGCAUUGCAUGCUGAAUUGGAUCGAAGAUCAUCAGAAAAACAGAAAGAAAUAGAAAGAGAAAAGGAAAAACAGAAAAAAGAGCUCAAUAAACAGAAACAAAUUGAAAAGGAUUUAGAAGAGCAAAGUCGAUUAAUUGCUGCUUCUAGUCGAUCCAAUCAGAGUAUUGGUGAAGGACAGUUUGUAGUUCUUAGCAAUAGCCCAUCAGAAGAUAGUGAUUUGGGUGAAGAUGGAAAGAAGAAGCAAGAAUCUGAUGCAUGAAGCACCUUCAGUGCAAGCCUUUAAACCUCUUGUCUGAAAUGAUAAAUUGAAAUGUAAAUUUACAAAACAAAUCAUGUAAAUUUGUUUUACAUGAUCCAACUCCGUAUUCUCACUCAUUAAGGUUGAUCUUUCUUAAAUGGCUCAGUGUAAUUACGGAUUUUUGUUCUCAUACCAUAAAGAAAUGUAGUGAAAUGUUCAUGGCUGUAGCAGAUUUGGAUAUUACAGAACGUCUUCUGUUUCAAUUACCUAGCUGUUCUGGUGACUUAGAAAGUAAUUUGUGUAACUUAAGAAGUAGAUAGAAAAUUUUUAUCUUCAGUUUCUUUUCUUCAUUUUCAGAGAGAUUGUUUUUAGUCUCCUGCAGUAAAAUAAGAGUCUUCUUCUGUUUUUAAAUACUAACAUUUGAUCUCAUAACAAUUGGGUCAUAUUAGUCUUCAAAGUGUUCUAAGCCUCUGAACAAAAAGCCAAUUUUGAUUCCUAAAAAUGGCAGGGUCAAUAAUGGAAGCAGCCUGAUAACUUUUAAUUAAUACUUUUGCAUGUGCUGAGUGUAUGAGUUCAAGGGAAUUAGUGUCACUGCACUUUGUUUUAAGAUGAAAUAUGAGAAUAUCAUUUUUACUUGAAAUUGUACUGGCUGGUAGUGAUCUUGGCUUCUCCUCUGUAUACAUAGAGCACUUUCGUGGAGGGUGGCAAAGACAUUCAACCAAACACUGGAAAGUACCUCGGAGUGUCAAUGCACUGCGUAUAUUUGUAACAUUAUACAAAUUGAUUUUUAAAUGUCUAGAUGAGAAUAAAGUGCAUACACUUCCAACAGAAUUGCCAUGAUUAUUGGAAUCAAGUUUUGUAAGUAAGUGUCUUCUCAUUAGCAAAAGUUUGAGAUUAUGUUGGUGAUAGAAUCAGUUGCAUGGAAAAACUAUCAGAUAAUUUUUCUAACACCUGUUGUCAUAUUUACCUAAAUCCACAUGUAACAGAAAUACAUACAAAUUGCACAUAUUUGCUAAAGCUGAGAAAAAUCAGGCAGGUACUUGUGAUUCCAUAUGAGCUUAUUGAUUCGUGAGGAAUGUAGUAUUACAAAGAAUGCAGUGAUUUUUCAUUCCCUUAUGAAUAUAUCAUAGAUACUGUAAGUUUGUCCUCUUUUAUAUUGAAAUCUGGAAACAGAAAUUGUAUGGAAAUUGGAAGUAGAUCACAGACUUUGGAGAAAAAAAAAACCGUUGAAGACCAAUUAACCUGGACUGGAAAGUCUUUUGAGAUCAAGUAGGGAUGUAUGUUCUUUGUUCCUAAUUGCAAGGGAAUAAAAGAUACUUGGAGACCCAAGAAAUAAAAGUGGAGCUGUGAUUGCUCAGUGAGAAGUUUCCUGCCAGUUUUUGAAAGCUUUUCUUAUGUUUCAACUUGAGUAUAAAAUUGCAGAUAUGGAAAUCAUACAUUCUGUUCUAUUUUAGGCCACCUCACUCAAAUUUGGCAAUAUCUGUUGCAAUUGUUUAUCCACAAUUUACAGCAAUGUUAAGCCACAUAUUACCAUGAAAUCAUGAAUUUAAGUAAAUCACCAAUUCAUUUGAAACCAGUAGUGUGUAUAUUCUCUGUAAACAUGUAUUAUAAUGUGAAUAAUACCAAAUGAUCUUUAUUAUAAAACAGUUCACAGGCUACUCUUCUGGAGUUCAAAUCCAACUCAUAUGGAUUGUAUUGAGUAGCUCUAGUUCCCAUAUUAGAUUUUCUAGCGGGAAUAUUCUCUGAGUAGGCAAAAAAGUAUGAUUUGGCUGUCUUGAUUGGUUUAUUGUUUGGAGCCAGCAGAUAGACCUUGGAGUCAGCUGUUCUGUUCUUGUUCUUCUGAAGGUAAACUCCAUUGAACUGAGUCAGAUUUGCUUUUGCAUACACAAAUGUUAUGCAGUCAAGGCACAAAUGAACUUGGCAAUUGUGUUCUGUUGCUGGACAAGUAUACUUUCUAAGUUGCCUUCCGUACUGAAUCAUAUUUCUAAGGACAACAUUAAAGUUAAAAUUGCUAUAUUUCUUUGAAUAAGAUACUCAUCUCUGAUGAACUAUAGAAACAUAUUUUUGCAUGUAUUGUAAAUCAGAGGCAUUCAGCUAAUUUAUAGGGUUGAUUUUAAAAAAAUCAGGAUUGCUAUUUGUGAUAUCUCAACAAAAUUAUUAUCCUGUUUAUUUUUCUUUUUUUUCCCCACCUGUAACUGAAAUCACUUUCUUUCUGCAAAUACAUGGGCUAACUAAGCACAUUUCUGCUUGAACAAAACUUUUGCCUCCCUUGUAGCACAAUGUCCUUCACACUCCUGGGGAAAUUGAAUUGCACACAGGGACAUGUUUUUCUAAUUCAUGCAUGGAUAUUGUCAGGCAGUCAGAAAUCAUGACAUGGUGUAACAGGACUAAUCAUCCAUCAUGUAAUUGAGAAAAUAAUGUUCCAUAAUGAAAUCUGUAAAUGAGCGAAGAGGUUUGUACAAAAAAUUUUGGGUGGCUUUUAUAAUACAGUGAGUGAAUCAGAAAACAAUGAUUUAGUCUUGUUUUGGUGAUUGUGAUUUUUAAAUUGAAAGUCUAAUUAAAACUCUUAAUUUCUCUUAAUAUUUGUAUUAAUAUUUAGUGAUUGUCUGCUCAAUAUUGUCAAUUGCAAAGUAAAAUCUUGACACUAAUAAAACAAUUUGGGAAAGA